AUGGAGGGGAACCGGGACGAGGCGGAGAAAUGCAUCGAGAUCGCCCGGGAAGCUCUGGAAGCCGGCAACCGCGACCGAGCUUUGCGCUUCCUGCACAAAGCCGAGAAGCUCUACCCUUCCCCCACGGCCCGAGUGCUUCUGGAAGCAAUUAUGAAAAAUGGAAGCACAGCUGCAAAUGGCCCACAUUGUCGAAAACCAACAAGUGGUAGUGAUCACAACAGAUCCAAUAGCACAAAGGACAGUACAUGUGCUGGUGGUGAAAGUGGAAAAGCCUAUACCAAAGAUCAAGUAGAUGGAGUCCUCAGCAUAAACAAGUGUAAAAAUUAUUAUGAAGUCCUGGGAGUCACAAAAGAUGCUGGUGAUGAAGAUUUGAAGAAAGCUUACAGAAAGCUUGCUUUGAAGUUUCAUCCAGAUAAAAACCAUGCACCUGGGGCAACAGAUGCUUUUAAAAAGAUUGGAAAUGCCUAUGCUGUUUUAAGCAAUCCUGAAAAAAGAAAGCAGUAUGACCUCACAGGGAAUGAAGACCAAGCAUGUAAUCACCAAAACAAUGGUAGAUUUAAUUUCCAUAGAGGCUGUGAAGCUGAUAUAACUCCUGAAGAUUUGUUUAAUAUAUUCUUUGGUGGUGGAUUUCCAUCAGGUAGUGUACAUUCAUUUUCUAAUGGACGGGCUGGAUAUAGUCAUCACCACCAACAUCGGCAUAGUGGACAUGAGAGAGAAGAAGAAAGAGGCGAUGGAGGUUUCUCUGUGUUUAUACAGCUGAUGCCCAUUGUAGUAUUGAUCCUUGUGUCCUUGUUAAGUCAAUUGAUGGUUUCUAAUCCUCCUUACUCCUUAUAUCCCAGAUCUGGUUCAGGACAAACCAUUAAAAUGCAGACAGAAAAUUUAGGUGUUGUUUAUUAUGUCAACAAGGAUUUUAAAAAUGAAUAUAAAGGAAUGUUAUUACAAAAGGUAGAAAAAAGUGUGGAAGAAGAUUAUGUGACUAAUAUUCGAAAUAAUUGCUGGAAAGAAAGACAACAAAAAACAGAUAUGCAGUAUGCAGCAAAAGUAUACCGGGAUGAUCGACUACGAAAAAAGGCAGAAUCACUAAGCAUGGACAACUGUAAAGAAUUAGAGCGGCUGACUAGUAUCUAUAGAGGAGGAUGAACCAGGAUUUUCAUUUACAUCUUUUAGCACACUUUUUUUUCUGUAUAAGAAGAAAUUUAGUUUCGUUGUAAAAUCUCAAAAAAGAGUUGGAUAUUAAAAACUAAACCGAGUAGUUGUUCCCUGAAAUCUUAUGCUCUAGGGCUCAAAACAGUUAAUGGCUUCUUUAUAUAAUAAGAAAUUGAAAACUAAAAUUCAUGAUUUAGUUACGCAUCUCUUAAUUGUUUAGUUUUACUUCCAAUGCUUACAUAAUUCUUUAAUUACAGAUUAUUCAGAAAAGGAUUAUCAUAUCUCUAGCAGUUUUCCAGUUACAGUGACUCCCUUUUUCCUUUCUCAUGUAAAUAUUUAUGGGGGGAAAAAAACCAUUUUGUGUAUAUACAAGUUAUUGACUUUAUAUUUAAAAAUCUCAGAAGUUUAGCUCCAUGAAACACUUCACCUCACUGAUGAAAUAAUUAUAUGACAAUGUUACUUUUUUCUUGUCAGGUGUCCAGUGUGUGGAGUUUAAACAACAAUACUUUUUUUUUUUUAAAGGCAAUUUAACUUUGUGUAAAAAAAUCUUCUAGCUUUAUCUGCUUAGAAGAAUUUAAUAUUUUUAAAUGUAUAUUCCUGAAUAUAUGUUGAGAUGACUUGAACUGGUGUAGAUUAUCAGUUUGCCAUUUAAUUUUAUGAAUUGCUAAGCAAUGUGAGGAAAUGAAAAGCUAUCCUGAUUAAUUUAAAAAUACACUAAAAAUGAUACACAAAUACUUAAUGUUGACAUUUCUUGAGAAGUAAAUGUCAGUUUUGAAAUUCUGAAUAUAUUCCUUUGUUCCCUCUACCCCACCCCCAGUCAAUGUAUGUCCAUUUAAAAGCUUCUAAAAUUUAUGAAGGAAAAGACUUUUCCUCUCCUACAGAAAUUUGUGUUUUCUUAGUGCUCAUUUCAUGCUUGGUCUCAAAAGUAAAUUAAUUCUUUUAUAAGCAAGUGGUAAGAAAAGUUACUACUAAAAUUAAGCCUUAUGCCUUUAACACUAUUGCCAACUACUAAACUUUAGAUAGGUAACUUGCAAAAUUAUUUGACCUAUUUGGCUAUAUGCAAAGAUGAGCAGAAAUAUAGUGGCAGAUAGAAUAAUCUUUUACAGGAAGUCUCUAAAUGUCUCCAUAGUGCCACUCUGAACUUAAAGUCGACUAACCAUUUAAAGUAGUCGAAUUUGAUCUUAAUAAAAAAAAAAUACAUUUUUGUAAUGAAAUCCAUUAGUAUAAAUUAGAAUCAUAUGCAAGCAGUUAGAUUUUGGGUUUUGUGCCUAUAAAUUGAGUAUGAGACUUUUAUUUGAAAUUUUCUAUGUUGGAACAGUUGUCAUAUUUUAAUCAUUUUGUUUCAUACUCGUUGAAUGGAAAAGUCUUUGACGGCUUUUUUUAACUUGACGAGAAUGCUAGAAAUUUGGUAUAGUAGCAGUGCUCGUUGCUUAGAAACUUUCUAAAUUUAGUUAAUUUAUUGUCAGUCUAAUAAAUUCCUGCUAAAAUGACCAUUCUCCUUAAAAUUGUCCUCUUGUAUCUCUUUUUUCCAAGUGAUUCAAUAGAAUUGCUUAAGUUGCAUCAUAAAUUAUAUAACAGCAUAGUAAUUAAGGAAUAGUAGAGAACCCAAUCAAGUUUUACUUAAUUUUUAGAGAAGUGGCCUUUAGAAUAAAUAGCAUACUUAAAGGGAAUUACAUUUUGAAGUAUUUCCUUCAGCCUGCAGAGUGGGCUAUUAGCAGAUAAAGGACAUAAAUUGUUCAUAAUUAUUUAUUUUGAAAGUAUUAUAGUCAUAAGAAAACAUAUAAAUUUGGAUUAGAAUUACAAUAUUUUUAUCCAUUUCUUUUUUCCAGUUUUAACAGGAAUGAUGGGCAUAAAUGGGGGUAAUUUCUUUGAAUUCAACCCUCCUACUUAAUGAUUCUUUUUCUUUUAAUUUGGAGUUUGAGGAUAUUGAUGACAUUAGUAAAAUCAGGUGAAGUUGUAUCAUGCUAUCUUACUCAUGGUUCUAGACAGUGUUAUAUACUUUUAUUGUAUUGGUAUAUUCCAUUGAAUUUCCUAAAAUAUUAAGAUGAAAUAUUUGGAAAAAAGGACAUAUUAAAAUUGAUUGUAAUCACUAGUAAUGAUUGAGCAAAUUUUAGGGUACCUUGCUGACCAACAAGCCUCAAAAGCUUCUGCUGCUUUGUGCUCUGGAGGUUAAAAAAAAGUUGGGCUUUCUAUACUGCCUGCAUGCUAGUUUAAAAAAAAAAAAAAAAGGCCCAGGCCUUUUAGUGUUUUAAGAUGUGCAAGGCAACAUUUGGCCACCUUAAAGUGGGAGGAUUUCACAUUUUAACACUCAUUUCAAAGAUAUUUUUUUUUUGUCUGUGAAAUAUUAUUACUUAUAAAAGGUAUGUGUUCAUCCCAAAUUCCAAACUAAAACUUUACAUCACUACACUAAUCAAAGGCUCCUAGUCAUGAAGUAAGGAUAUACUGUGUUUAGAUAAUUUACAGCUAUUUUAUUCACUUGGCAUCAAAGAAAUUUUUCCAUGUCCUUAAACUACUCACAAUAGUAACAAAUUAAAGCUUCUGAAGAAAUACAAAAUAAAGUAUUUUAAUGUCUGAGUAAAUUGAGACAAAGUAGAAUCACACUGUUUCAUCACUUUUGUUUUCCCUUGCCCUAUAGUUUACAGAUGGAUUGGUGCUAGUUUUUGCCAUCUUGGUUAAUUUUGAAUUGUGGAAAGUUUCACUUUCAAUAUUGUAUAGUAGUUUCAGAUUGUGUUUUGUUUUGUUUUUUUAAGUGAAAAGGGUUCAUUUCAGAACUAAGUGGAUUUAGAUGCAUCUGUAACUAUUUGUUUCAUACUCUUCACAUAAAAUAUGAAUAUGUGAAUACUCUAGAAGUAGUCACACCCAUAUAGAUGAGCAUCAUUAUUCUAAUUCAUUAGACUAAUCUGCUUGUACUACCUCUACUUAGAUUGGUUUUCUGCUCUUUCCCACUGAACAUAACUUAGCCCAAACCCUAAAAACCAACUAAGCCUUCAUCUCCAGCCCUACAUCUAACAAGUAAAAGGAAGGCUUAGUUUCUAUAGUUGAUUUAAAAGGGCCUUCUCUUUGGUAUUCAAUAUUUUAAAAUACUAUCAUGUGGCAACAUAACACUACCUGAUAAAACAUGUUUUAAUUUUUUGCUUAAUUAUAUAUGAAUUUAAUCUCCCAAUGAUUUUAAGACAGUAAAAAAAAUUCUUGGAGUUCUAAUCAAGGCAGCAUUCCUAUUAAGCAAGUAUUAUGUGAAAGAAUCAAAAGGUUCAUAGAAAAACUUGGUGUCCCUGUGGGAGACUUGAAUCCAGUAGUAAUCUUAUAACUCCUCAGCCUCACAUUGAAUAAGGCAAAAGGAGAGUUAUAUAAAAUCUUCACUCCUUAUGUGGACAGGAAAACAACAGUGAACAAGCUUGUUUGCUACUUUACAAAACAUGUGACUAAACUGAUGAGUACAAAAAUAAUAGUCUGGCAAAUACAUUUGUUAUUUAAGGUUUUAGUGCCAGCAAACCUCUUUAUAUAUUUUUUCAAAGAAAAUAAAUAAAGUGAUGAUCCCCCUUAAGGAAUUUUACUUAUCAGUGAUCUGAUGGGAAACAUGGUAAUAGAAUUCAGGCUUCCUUUUUAGUUUAAUUACUGUUAAAAUACAUAUUUCAUGUGAAUGAAAGCAGUUUUCUUUUUAAUAAAAUUACUUUAAAACACUCCUUAUAUUAAGGAUUGUGUAGCAUUUUUUAAAAAUCCCUUUGCAUGUGUAACUUUUCCCUUAUCAAGAUAAAAAAAAUUUUUUUUUUCAUUUAAUGCCAAUGUUUGCUGGUCUUGGGGCCAUUAGAUUUGUGAAUACUCUGUGUAUUGUGUGUGUGUAUAGGUGUAUAUAUAUAUUUUUUUUCAGCUAAUACCUCAAACUUGUGAUUGUUUAAUUAAUACCACAAUAUGUUUGCACAGAGCAGGGCUUCCAUUAGCAGAAGGAUUAAUCUUCUAAUUCUAGAAAUUCAGUUCAGACUCUUGUUAAACAUAAUUCUAUGCCUUUUCAAUAAUCUUUUUUCUUCCCCUAAGAGUAUAUAGCCAUUCCUGUUAUAAGUUCCGUUUUUCAAAAUAGCCUGUACCUGUUUCUCUUCAAAGCAAUCUGAAAAUAUGCUAUUAGGUAAGAAGCAUUUCUUAAAAUAUCUCCAUCAAUUAAUUAUUUAAUGUUUGAGACUUCAACUCAACAAGACUAUUAAACCAAAAAGUUAAUAACAUCUGACCCCAAACUGUUUAACUGAUUUCAUUUCACAGGAGACAAUAUGCCUUAUUAAAACAUUGCAGUUUUAUAAGCCACUGAGUUUCAAAAAUUUAAAUAAUGAACUUUCAAAUGGGUACCAUUCAACUGUAUGUAGUAUGAGUUUUGGUAAUAAAGAGGUCAGUUCUUUUUCUAGCUAGUCAUAAUGACAAGAAACAAAAGCAGUCAAAGGAUUAACUCAGUUGGCCAUUUAUUAAUCUUGAGAAAUGCUUCUUGCCUGUUUUCACUUUCUGUCAUUCAGUACAACUCCUUCUAGUCCAAAAUUUAAUUUGUAUGUUUUGAAAGCCACAGAUAAUUUUCCCAGUAUGUGUAGGAAUUUUAAGUGGAAGCCUUGUAAAAAAAAUUUAAUGAAGUGAAGCUGGCAUCUUAUAUAGGAGAUCUUAUUUUGUCUAUAUAGUGCAUUCAAGAUUAAAAAAUGAACUGUCUGAUUUGUAACAUAAUUACUGUAAUAUCAGACUUAUAUCAAAAUAAAAUUAUUUUCAGUGUGAGAAGUGUGUUAAAGAAAUGGUAUUUGAUUUUAUUUUUGUAAAUUUGUAAAUUUUAUUGAAUGCUUUGUGAUAAAUUCGUUUUUUUUCAUUUCCUACAGUUUUCAUGUCUGUGCAAGGCAGGAACAGAUUGAAGUUCUUAUUAUUCUCCCUGCAAAUGAUUAUAAUACAAGUUCACUUUAAGGAUGUGCUAGGUUUUAUGAUUGCUGGCCUUCCUGCAAUGCCUCUACCUUCACUACAGAAUUGAAAAAGAACUGCAUAGAAACUAAGGGUCAUUUUGUAUUCCUUUUUAUCCAGGAGCAGAAAAUUUAUCACCCACCACCUGCCUCAGGGGUAGUUAUGAGGAAAGUACUUUACACCCUUUUAAAGUGCUUUAUCAAUUAUUACCACUUAGUAAUAAUUUUAUCCUGGUUAAGCUAGAUCUGGGAAAGCAGAUAGUCAAAUACAAUAGUUUUGAAAAUGACCACAUAUAAAUCUUUUCCAGUCUACCUAACAUCUUUUGAAAUAUGAAUUCUAAGCCUUUUCAUUAAUCAUUUUUUUUUUUCACAGAAAAAAAUGAGUCACUUUGGAGCAGGUGCUAAAAAUCAUGUUUUAUAUUUUAUACCAUUUAUAAUAGUAUAGUAAUGGGUCAGAUCUAAAACUUCAUACAUAAGUGCAAUACCUUACACUGAAUACAUCCAUGUUCAGAUGAAAUUUUCUCAUUGACCUUCCUGAGGAAAAAAACAAACAUCGUUGCACAAUCAGGGAUAAACUCCAUUGCUUCUGCUAGAUAAGGACAAGGUCUCGGUUAUAUUUCUCUCAAUCCCUAGAUGUUUGGAGCCCAGAAAGUAGUCUCAUUUUUGUUUGGUUUUGUUUUUCAUGUUUUGUUUUCAAAAGGUCAUUUCUAAAAAUAUUCCAAUUUUUACCAUUGGCCUGGAGAGCCAGUAUUCUUUUAUUGGCUGUCCAAAGCUGAUAGGAAGUUUUUCUUUGGACAGUUGACAGGUUAACCUAUGCUGAAAAUGCCAGAUAUAUAUCAGGUCUGACUGUGAUUGUGAAACAUACAUAUGUUUGCAUAUGUACACAAAUAAAUGGACAUUUGUGAUUCCAA